CAUUUUCUCGCUGCCAAUAAAUAUUUUCCAUAACUAGGCAGGCUGUUGACUCUUUGUAUAUUAUUUUCGGUGAAACAAAAUUUAUUAGAUUUCUCAAAAUCUUUUUGUAAAUACCAGGGUUUUUUUGUACACCCAUAAAUUUUGCCAAAUUCUAGGUAAAUUUUUAAUUUAAUUAGCUAAUCAGUUUUUCACAAGUCAACGCACCGCAAAGUUUUGAUCAAAAUGUCGGAAAAAUGUUUGGAAGUCUCACCACAUGGCACAUUAACCUUCUGCAAAGCAAACUGUAGUCAGGAAAUCAUAAUAAGAAAUGUGUCCAAAAUGUCGGUGACCUAUAAGGUGCAAAGCACAGUGUACGGUAAGUUUUCUGUGCGACCACGCUGGGGAGUCCUUAAGCCCAACGACCACUCACAUGUCCUGAUAACCAUGUGCAAGGAUGCGGAGCUCUCAAAAAAGGGCCGCGACAAGAUAGUGGUCGUCUGCAUGGCGGCGCCCAUCAAUGCCGUGGACUUCGACAUGACCUCCUCCUUCUGGCGCCGCAAUAUCUGUUACGAUCCGAAUAUCGAGAAGCAUCAGUUAACCUGCCAUCAAAUGGAUGGGGCAGGCGAGGGCGGCAACAAGGACCCGGAGAAGGACGAUCUAAGGACUCGCAGGGGAGUGUUCUCCUCGCUUUCCAGUGUUCGUACGCCGAGCAAGUACUGGCGGUAG